CAGAAGCAGCCAGGCAACAAAACAUGUAUGAGAAAAACAUGGAGAAAGAUGAUCGAACUACAAACAGUAAAAACAUAUCUCUACCUAUGUCCAGGGUGCGAUUAAUUAUGAAAAGCUCACCUGAUGUGUCCUGUAUUAACCAGGACGCUAUUUUCUUGACAACAAAAGCAACGGAGCUUUUUGUCCAACACUUGACUCAAUCCUCAUAUAAAAAUGGAUCCGGUAAAGACACAAACACACUGGCAUACAGUGAUCUGGCUCAUACAGCAGAGGAGACAGAAAUAUUUCAGUUUCUUACUGAUAUCCUUCCAAAGAAAAUCUUGGCCAGAGAUUAUCUGAAGACAAUGGAGGAAAUGGACAAAGAUGAUGAUGACAACCUGUAGUAAAAGAUCACAAGUCAGAAUAACAAGCCACGUCCUCGCUACUCUCAAAAAGGAAUAUAAAGAAUAAAAUCAUAGGACACUGUCUUACAAAUUAGGACAUUUCACCCAAAGAGCACCUCUCUUUUUAUUCUUUUUUUUCUAUAUAUAUUUUUGUAUUACAUUUUUGUUCUUUUUAUAGACUUAAUGCAAGUGUUUUCUGUAUGCUAUAACACCUACAUGCGCUAAUGUUGUUUUGACCACAAUGUCCAUUAGCCACUGUUGAUUCACAACCAAACUACUGUGAGUGCCUGUUUGGAAACCAGGAUAUGUACGCAUCAUUGGUCUUUUCUCUGAGAAUACUUGAUACCAUGAUUAUUUCAUGUAAAGGGAAAAUUCUUCACUCAGCUGCAACAAUCCAAACAUCAAUACAGUCCAUUCCCUUCAACAUGUUGUACGACAUUGUGUUCCUUCAAAUUGUAUUGCUUGUAUUGUAUUGGUUUGGAAAGAAUAUUUGGAUGGGCAUUAUGCUUUAUUUACAUUUCUCAGCAGUCAAGUGGUUAAAAUGAUAGUUGAUUCAUACCUGAAUACAUGCAGGUGAAAUAAAAAAAACUAUGCCAGUAAUUCACUGAAAGGAAUGUGUUCUCCCCUUUAAAAGUUCAAUGCUGCCUUUAUUAACAAUGGUUGAUUUGUUGCAGACACAGUGCAGGUAUCCAGUCAUAACACGCAACCAUGAGGUGCUGUUCUUCAGCCUGGUCUGUUGAAACUUGUGAGCUUUUAGCACACAGCUGUUCAUUUUUAUAUGUGACUUUCACUUUUUGUUUUACUUAAGAGUUUGGACUGCAACGGAAGAUUUUUGUAUUGUACUGUAUAGUUUUUAAAUGCCUGAAAAGGUUUUUUUUUUUGUUUGUUUUUUUGUUUUUUUUGUUGAAUAAAUGCAUUUGCUGAUUAA